CCGCGGGGGGGCGCUGGCGCUGCCGCGGCGGCGGCGGCUCCGCCCCGGCCCUGCUGCGUCGCGUCGCAUCGCGUCGCGGGCGGCCUGGUCCCGGGCUCGGGCUGCGCGGCACCAUGGAGGCGCCCCCCGUCACGAUGAUGCCCGUCACGGGCGGCACUAUCAACAUGAUGGAGUACCUGCUCCAAGGCAGCGUUUUGGACCAGAGCUUGGAGAGCCUGCUGCACCGGCUGCGCGGCCUGUGCGACAACAUGGAGCCAGAGACCUUCCUGGACCACGAGAUGGUGUUCCUGCUGAAGGGGCAGCAGGCCAGCCCCUUCGUGCUGCGGGCGCGGCGCUCCAUGGACAAGAGCGGCAUGCCCUGGCACCUGCGCUACCUCGGCCAGCCCGAGAUCGGGGACAAGAACCGGCACGCGCUGGUGCGCAACUGCGUCGACAUCGCUACUUCGGACAACCUGACGGACUUCCUGGUGGAGAUGGGCUUCCGCAUGGACCACGAGUUUGUGGCCAAGGGACACGUGUUCCGCAAGGGCAUCAUGAAGAUCGUCGUGUACAAGAUCUUCCGCAUCCUAAUGCCAGGGAACACAGACAGCAUCGAGCCCCUGUCUCUCUCCUACCUUGUUGAGCUUAACGUGGUAGCGCCAGCAGGACAGGACGUCGUUUCUGAUGACAUGAGGAACUUUGCUGAGCAACUAAAGCCUUUAGUUCACCUGGAAAAAAUUGACCCCAAAAGGUUAAUGUGAUUGAAAAGCUAGGCAAGUAAGGCAUUGGUUGUGGUAGUGUUUCCAGAGAGGCUAUUCCUUCAAAACACCUUUUGAGGGCAAGUCAAAACUGGGGGAGGCGAUAAUAUAAUAUAUCAGUAGUUUUCCUCUUCUUAUUAGAGAAAAAUCAGUUAGAAAACAUAUGGCCUAACAAUCCAAAACAUCAAACUUACUGGAAUUCAUCCUUCUGUGUAUCCACAUCUCAGUGCUGCUUUUUUUUAGACACCAUUCUCAUAUACUACCUAGCAAUUCUUUUUCUUCCAAGUAAUAUCUGUUUAAUGCAAGAGAUAAAGUGGUGUUUAACAUAAGCAUAAAACCAGGAACUGUACACAGUAUAAGAGAAUAAGUGUAUACCUAUUUACAGUAAAAUAGUAAUAAUAUAGAUAACAGCUAGAACAGAUGAUACUUUAUAGUGAAACUGUUUCUGAUAAUAGCCAAAAAUAGAAUUGAAAAGCAGUUUAACAAUAUUACAAUCACAAGAGGUAUUCAGAUUCUCUUUUUAUCUGUUCCGUCUAUUUCACUGAAGUUGGGUAUGACAAUCUCAGCUAAUAAGAUAGUAAAUUACAGACUUUUUUAUAUUAGAGAACCCUCUCACCUUCUAGGUGAUAGAAAAAACUGAAAUAAGUAAGUUUCAGUUAAAAACGAUUAAGAGUAUCAUACAGCUGUGAAGUUUACUACAGUAACCAUUUUGUUUAGCAUGUCAAUAGUAGGAUAGUUGCUUACCCUUGAAUUCAGUGAUACUUGAAAUAUGUUUGAGAGUUUCCAACUAUAGUUCAAACAAAAAAGGUUGGGAAAACCAAUAAAGAUAACAAACGCAUGUUUAAGUUUCUCAUACUUUACAGAAGCUUAGAAGGUAACCAUUUCACUUAUUACUAAAAUGCAGCAGCCUCUGCCAGAGACACUGUAAUCUUUUAACAUGCUACUCAGUGUAUAACAGCUAAGGGUAAUGACUUCCAAAUACCACUCCUGUAUGAAACUUCAGGAAGAAAUUUCAAGUUAACUAAGUUUUCAACACUGGAAUUUGGGCAGGUUAAACCAUGUUAACUGGAUUAGUGCUCAUUGAGUGCAUGCAUCUCAAAUGGUCCUCUGAUGCAUGCUUUAAGUCAGGAGGCGUAGGAAAAACUAAAUAUUCUAACACAGGUUCACUAAGCCAACUGGCUAAAGAAUGCCAUUACAUUGAAUACAUAGCAAUGAUUUCCAAACAGGAUAUAAAUGAUGACACAGCCUAUAUGAUUUUGCUCAUUAUCUAGGCUUGAAAUAUUUUGAGGGUGAGGACACAUCUACAUUUUGUCCAUACUGAAGCAUGACUUACUCUCAUUAGAUUGCAUGUUAUCCUGGGGUUUUGGAUCUGUUUCUUUAGCAUCAUUCUAUACAAUUCCUGUUGUUACAUGACAUAGUUUUACAGGCCGUAGGAGGAAGCUGACCUUGCUGGGUUGCUCCAUGGCUCAGCUUGCAAUCCCACUCCAUCUGGUGGUAUUCCUCAGGGUUGAUGUCACAUCCUGCCUGUGUAGUACUGGCUGGAAAUCUCCCUUGCCAAAGGCUUUGAAGAUGCACAGUCUGUCUCUUGUGACAUGAAAUUUUAGAAAGCAAUUCAAUGAAUCAGAAAAGUUCAGCAUUAUAUGCUAGCUUUCAAAAGGUGCUUUCCUUUAGGCAUACACAGAUACAUAGGAAACAGCAAAUAGAUAGGCCUUUCCCAUUGCAUCUGAAAAUAACUUGGAAAAAAGAAAAGGAAGAUAAUUAGCACAUACAGGGACAAAACAAACACAGAAGACUUGCUGAAGUGACUAUAGAAGACUGUAUAUGCUCAUGCUAUUGACUAUCAACAAUGAUGGCUUUAGUCUAAAUACUCAGAAAAGUAACAAUGAAGAAGUCAGCUUAUCUCCCGGAGGCUCAAUUGAGGCAUUAAAAACAUGCUGCAUGGUAAAAGAAACUUCAGACUUCAGUCUUCAGUGUAUAGUCACUUCCGAUCUUCCCUGUUCCUGUAUUUUUUCCUCUAAAAAUGUAAUAGUGAGAGUGUCCUCAAAAACAAAACACACACAAACACACCCACACCCCCCACUAUGCACAUUUAAGCACUCUGCUUUUUGUAAGGGGGGGAAAAAAGGCUGGUUACUCUAAUGGUGGUAGAGAGAAAAAUCCCACAGGGAAUUCCAGGCAAACCAGCUCAGGCAAAGGGGACUGAAUGGGAAGGUCCCUGUAACAGAAGUUUAAGCUUUAGAUGACAGACUUAACUGUUGCUUGGUCUAAUCUCUCUCCCUCUCUCUCUCAAAAAAAGUUAAUUUUAAGGAGACUUAGUUUAACCUUUAAAACCUAUUUUUAAAAAAAAACCCUAAAAAUUGCUGCAAUCCACAUCACCAAGCUCUCUAUAUUCUAGCUGCAGUCCUACACAUACAAGAGGCAGAUGUGUACAGAGAAACAGCAUUGUGUCAGUGGUUACAGCUGGGAAAAAUGAACAUUUUCAGGCACAUAAAACUCAGGUACAUGCUUUCUUUAUCUAAUGAAAUAUAUUUUUCUCCUCCUACAAGACUUUUAUAGCCAAGGACUAAAGAUAAUAGCAAUACUAUUAGUAGUACACUGAUUAAGUUGUAUGGUAUAACCUUAACCUAUUGUUAACUCAUUAUCUAGAGCCAAAUUAUCUUUAGUUAUACAUGUGACUACAGAAGAACCCAACCUGUCCUUACUAGCAACUGUGUAUUUUUAAAUUACAAGCAUAACUUAAGAGACCAAGAAUGCAACUGUAUUCCCUUUUCUUUCUUUCUUUUUUUUUUUUCCAGCUAAAAUAACUGCAUUUUACAAAAACAGGGUCAGAUAAGGGCUCUGCAUUUAUUCCAUUGUAUUACCUAAGGCCUGAUACAGCCAAGCUCUUAGAGAUUUCUGGUAAGUUUUCUUUUUGUCCUAAUAAUGCCUUCUGUCUCAAACUGUUUCUCCAGUCAUACCUUCUUGGAAUGUUUCUACAGCUUUUUUUGAUUACUAUAUAGAGUGCAGAAAUCCCUGCACAACAAAUAGAGGCAGGAUCAUUACUGAUCCAUGAAGCACCAGCUAUUUCUGCUAUCAAGAAAGCUUGCUCUGCUGAAGCUCAUUCGAAGCUCUGUGCUCUGCAGAGGCACAGUUCUUACUUCUCCAUACUUUAGAAAGAACACAGAGUUUAUCCUCUGGCAAAGGAUCUGGAUCUCCGUUCUUCCCAUGGAAAUGUUCUUAAUGUUAUUUCUGUACAAGAGAAGACAAAGGCUUAAAUAUAAUUUUGGUUUGUGAUGGCUUGGCUCA